AAUAAAUAAUCAUGUUCUUUCCAAUUGGUUGGCCGAGGGUUUUAAACCCGUCUGAACUCAAUCAAAUAAAUGCUAUUGUAUGUAAUAGAGACAAAAUUUUGUUUGCUAUUUUGACAAGAAAUACUUUAGCAAUUUGGUAUUGUAAACCCUGCGUACCUAUUGUUUUUCAUAGAAGAACUGAAGAUUCAAUUGAAAAAUAUGGUGAAAACUUAUUAGUACAAUGGAAACCCGAUUCCAGUAUGCUGACAGUAGCAACAACAGAAAGUUAUUUAUUAUUUUACCGCUUAUCCGACAGCGGAGGAGAUAAUCAUGGUCUAUAUGAGCAGAAAGAUUCCCCAGUGUCUAGUUUGCGUCGUGACAGCGCAGAGCUUUUUAUAAAAGAAGUAAUCCCAUCCUUAGUACUAACAUUUGUCAUCCCCGUGUGGAUAGACGGUGGAAUAAGUUCAUUAGUAUGUAUCAGAGAUGAGCUAAUGGUCGCCACAAAAACGAGUAUAAUCAUAAGACAGCGCUGGGAAGGUUCUGUAAAUCGCGACUACUCAUUAGACCUAAAAAGAGUUCCUUUUAGUGUUGAUCAACAAAUUUCAACAGUUGCUGUGCCAAUAACCGAUAAUAAUAUUUAUGUAACAGAUAUUGAAUAUUCUCCAUUAGUUGGAGGUUUCGCAAUCGUUUUAAGUAAUGGCAAAGCUGCUUUCUUAACAGCUCAGUCAUUGAAAUUUGAUCCAAAUCAAGUACAGGGUAUUUGGGCCAAAGAUCUAGAUGAUGCAACAUGCGCUGCUGUUAAUCACAAAUAUCGUUUAAUUGCAUUCGGACGUAAAAAUUCUCAAGGAGUUGUUUACUAUGUUGAUGAGACAACUGGAGGUCUUGAAGUGUCUCACACGCUAAGUUUGUCUUCAAAAGAUUAUCCAGGAAGACCGGGGAAUGUUAAGUGCCUCAGAUGGACACCCGAUAGCUGCGCUAUCGCUUUGGCUUGGGACACUGGAGGCUUGGCUAUUUGGAGUACAUUCGGAGCACUUUUACUUUGUACUUUAAAAUGGGAUUAUGGCUUACAUGUUGAUUUAACUCGUGAUAAUCCGCUGCGUGUUCAUACAAUGGAAUGGUCAGCUGAAGGUUAUCAAUUAUGGAUGCUUAGAGAAUCUCCAAAUAAUACAAUUAAACAAGAAAAUAAUGAAGAUAUAGUUAAUCAAGAAUGUUCUUUAAUUCAAUUAGACUUUGUAAAAAGUCCUCUUACAGUAAAUCCAUGCAUGGGACAUCACGGGCAUUUAUAUCUUCAAGGUGAAGAUCGUUUGUACCUUAAUUUAGGUGGUGUAGUAACAGAUACACCAAAUUUUCAUUUAGGAAAUGAUAUUGUAAAUGACUCAACUUGCCAAACAUUAGCUGGAUCAAAGCAGUGGCUAGUAGUACCAAUACCGAGUGUAUAUAGUGGUUCCAAUUGGCCAAUUCGAUACACAGCAAUUGACAAUGAAGGACAGAAUAUUGCUGUGGCGGGACGUACAGGUUUGGCGCAUUAUUCUUUAUCCUCCCGAAAGUGGAAACUUUUCGGUAAUGAGAAUCAAGAAAGAGAUUUUAUAGUAACUGGAGGCCUGCUUUGGCACCGAGGAUUCAUGAUCGCUUCCAGUUACUCUAUUGUAGAGGACAAAGAUGAGAUAAGAAUCUAUCCCCGAGACACAAGACUGGACAAUAAUUAUGUUAAAAGUGUUCGAAUGCCUUCUCAAGUAUUACUCGUCAACACAAUGAAAGAGAGGCUGGUUAUAUUUUGUGCUAAUGCUCAAGUCAGUAUUUUCGACAUGACGCUCGAAGGAAUUGAAGGUACUGGAAGUAUUGAGCUCACCAGAACUCAAAUUGUUGACAUUAGCGGACUUUGUGUACACCCGGCUUGUGUUGUUAGCGCAACACUGACAACAAUACGAGCUGAAACAGCUGGGACUCAUCCACACCCAGAGAGUUUGCUUUUGAAUGUGUCUGGAAAACUUUUGAUGGUACAACGUGAGCAUUGUACUGACAAUACUGAAGUUCUAUUCACAUGUGGAGCUCCAAACGUCCUAGCUUCCUGCGUAGAAAACGUCUGGGUCCCAUGGAGAUCUCGCCGAGACAAACCUCACCUCACCGAAGCACUGUGGCUCUUUUGCGGCGCCCACGGAAUGCGAGUCUGGCUCCCUUUAUUCCCCCGCAACCACCAAGAUAACGCGCAUACAUUCAUGAGCAAGAGAAUAAUGCUGCCCUUUCAAUUAAAAAUCUACCCCCUGGCAAUUCUCUUCGAGGACGCAAUAAUUCUCGGCGCCGAAAAUGACACAGUUUUGUACACCUCAGACAGCAACUCGCCUUUCUCAUUGCCUUUUAGCCUACUCGAACUAACCAGCCAAGUGUAUCUCCACCAAAUCCUUCGCCAGUUAAUCCACCGCAAUCUCGGUUACCACGCCUGGGAAAUAGCCCGCUCUUGCGUAGCACUGCCCUAUUUUUCCCACUCAUUAGAACUAUUACUCCACGAAGUCCUCGAAGAAGAAGCCACCAGCAAAGAGCCAUUACCCGACGCUCAAUUACCUAGUGUUGUAGAAUUUAUCCGUGAAUUUCCCGGCGUCUGGGCCCGAGCUGUAGUCCAGUGUGCUCGCAAAACCGAAAUUGCAUUAUGGCCAUAUUUAUUUUCAAUUGCCGGAUCACCAAAAAAACUCCUCCAAGAUUGUCUACAGCGCCAACAAUUAGACACUGCUGCAAGUUAUUUAAUAAUUUUACAAAAUUUAGAGCCUUCAUCAGUCAGCAGGCAACACGCGACUUUAUUAUUAGACGCGGCAUUAGAACAAGGAAGAUGGGAAUUAUCGCGUGACUUGGUACGAUUUCUCCGAGCAAUUGAUCCAAAUGAUGUAGAGUCACCGCGAAAUUCUUGGGGCGGUUCUGGUAAAUUAUCCGGUCCGCCUCCAACUCCUUCCGUGUCUCCUCAUGAAGAAGAUCUUUCUCUAGUUCUUGGAACUAUGCAAGUCUCAAGAAGCCGCAGUUACAGUACAACAAUUACUCCUAAAGUUCAAUUUGAUACUAAUAAAGAUCCUCCUUCUUCAAUGCUGGAAAAAACUAGGAAUGCUGUAAUGCGACGGAAAAAAUCUGUCCCAAGUUUUAAGCCCGAAAAAAAUAACAAUAAUACUAAUAUUAAUUCUAAUAAUCAAGAAUCUUCAGCAGAAGAAUUUUUUAUUGAUGUUAUUUUACAAAGACAUGCAAGAAGAUUGCUUUCAGCGCGAAGACUUGCAGACUUAGGACACUUUGCAGCGCGUUUAGAUUUUUAUUUGGUCAGUUGGUUGGCCAGAGAACGAGAACGUGCUGCUAAAAUUGAUGAUUUUACAAUUGCGCUUAAAGCUGCGCAUGAAGAUUUUUCUUUUCCGUACCCGACUUUGUCUUUAACUAAUUUAGAAAAAUUAAGACGGCCAAGUCAUGUUUUGUCUACUAGGUCUAGAUCUAGGUCUGUUGAAUAUUCGGAGAAUGAAACGCAAACUACUACGACUUUUACUAAUAAUAUUAAUAAUAAUAAUAAUGUGGAUUUGCCAGCGGAUAGUGGGUAUACUAGUUUAUCUAGUACGAGGCCUGGAGGAAUUUAUGGAUUAGUGUCACCGGUAGCGAGUCUUGAAACGCAGUUUCCGAUUGUGGAGACUAAGUUGACUCCGAGGAUUCAUCAGGAUGCGACGAGUGUGCUGAGUGAUACCAGCACGAUUUGGAGAGACGAUGUGGAAUCUGUUGUGGGAACUUGUUGGGUCUCCAGUGAUGCUAUUGAGCCAGUUGAUAACAAUUUGAGCUCAAUUUCUGGACCGACUAGUCGGGCUCAGGUGCAAGUUAGGUAUCUUCUGCAAUUGUUCUUGGAGGCUGGGUGUAUUGGAUGGGCGGCGGUGCUCAGUACUAUGCUGAGAGAUGCCUCGGCUAUGGCGAGGACGAUAAGAGCGGCUCAUGCUCCUAUGCAGACUUUGGAUUCUAUUGUUAAUCUGAGGGAUGGGAUUCUUACGCUGGCUAAGUGGUCGCAAUCUGAGUGUCUUGGCUACAGAUCAUUUGUCUCAGGAAUUCAAAGCCAGACAUCAUUGUUAAAUCGUUUGAUUGUCGUAAAACAGCAGCAACAGCAGCAAUUAAUCCAACAACAAGAACAGCAGCAACAACAAUUGAUCCAAGAACAGCAACAGAAGCAGCAAGAACAGCACGUGCGACAUCAAACUGAGCAUGAGAUUAUGGAGAGUCCAUCAUCAAGUCCUGCUCCGUCAUUCGGGAGCAAUCAACGUGGCAAUAUUUCACGCUCAAGACACUCAUCAGUGAGUCAAGCUUCCUUAACUGUUGCUUCCACAGUUACUGCAGCAACACCAAAUACUACCAAGGAAGAAAUUAAAGUUGAUGAACUAUUUCCGGGCACCGGUAUCGGCAAAGAGGCUAUUCAUAAUGGCAGUAAUGAAAAGUUUGAUGAUUCUCAGCAACAGUCUAAUUGUGUAAUCUCGUAAAAUAUUUUUUUUUUUUUUUUUUUUUUAAAUUCAAUUACUUUAUUUUUUUUUUAUUGGACCACAAUAAUCAGUACCUUAUCAUUGCUCAAUAAAUUAAAUAAAUAAAAUUAAAUAGUGCAAGUUUUAGCGGCUAACGUGUAUGUUGACAGACAAUCAAACAAUAAUUAUUAUUAUUAUUAUGUAUUAGUGUCCCUGACUUUGUAUUAUAGCAAUAACGCAAGAUGCAUGACUCUAAUAAGUAAUGUCGAUGUUCUUGCGAAUUAAAAAGUGACAUUUAGUUUUAAUAUUUCCGUAUUGGUCAGAGGCAUUAUAUUAUUUUUUAUAUUAAUUACAAUUUUUAUUUUUUUUUUCUUUAAUUUUAUUAUUAAAAAAAAUAAUUUUUUUUUAAUUCAUUAAAAAUAAAUUUAACAGGGUUCAGUAGAUUUAUAUAUAUUCAAUAUAUAAAUAAAAAAAAUUUUUUGUAAGUGUUAUGUAAAAUUAAAGGCAAUGUUAACCGAUUGAUAUUGAUUACUUCGCGGGGCAAUUGUGUAUAUAUUUAGAGGUCAUGUAAUGAUCGGCUGUCAAUAUUUAAAUUGCUCACUCACUAGUUUUACCAAAUGAUAAAAUAAUAAGUAGAAAUAAUUUAUAUGUCUUAUAUUUGUAAUAAAUAAAUUAAUUUUA